UCGAGUCCGUCGCUUGCUUGCGAUAGCCUUUUCAGGUCUGCAAAACAAUGUCGAGGAAGCAUUGUGUCUUUGCUGACGCUUGAUAGAACGACAUGAAGAAGCUAGGCAAUCGAAUGGAAGCACGACUAAGCACAUGUUGACGUGGCCAGACGGGUCAGGCGGAUCACGUGCUGCUCUGACGCGUUCCGGGCGAACAUCUACCGCCUCGCAUUCCUCUCUUCGGCCAGCAAGCCAUGACGAGCGGCUCGCCAAAGUGGAGCCCGUUGCGAAUUCAAAAGCGAGAAUCUGGCCUGUCAGCCAGCAUGUCUGACUCAGCCGCAGCCAAGAGCAGCCCAAUGAUCCGUUUGUCAUCAACGGGCGAUAUUUAUGCAGUCGGCGAUGAUGGCCUGGUCGAUCUAUCGAAGCCUACCUUAUCGCCCAAAGUCACAGAAAAGCUCCCUAGUAAUAGCGAAUCCCGUGGCAGCAUGCUCAGUGUCGUACAGGGCGGCAAUGGCAAGGAAUCGCGUAAGACCUCGAGGACGUAUGGCUUUGUGCAGACCAACAAACUCGUAUCUGGCUCGAUAUUCAAACAGGGCGAAGCCUUUCCUACCUCACUCUUAGUGACCGGCAAGCAAUCCGACAGCGUUCUUGGGAGCGUUUUUGGCGGGGCAAAGGGGACACUGGCAGAAGCUGGCAAUAAGCCGGAUCCGAGUACCACACGCGUCGGAGGCCUUGGCAUAGGUCUUGCGCCGUCUGUCGGCAACAAUGAAGGCAUAGAGAAUCUUGACCCCGUUCAGUCAGCCUUGCGCAAGACCUCCAAUUCGUCCCUCAAUUCCAACAAGAGCGGGUCGCGCCGCUCGAGCACAAGCGCCGAACUCGAUCUGCCAAAUGGAUCUGAUCAAUCUAGCAAGAAGCAGCGCCAUGCCGAGACCUUGAACGCGGGUGCGACAUGGCCAAAGAGCUCUCUGACUAGUAGCGCGUCUCUGCCAGCAUCGCCAGCUCGCAGAGGGCUUGCCGGUCCUCGUCAGCCCGCAACGAGUCGCUCCGCAUCGCAGAUCGACGGUCAAGCCAGCGAGUUGUCAGCCUCUUCAAGCUCAGCCUUUGCGCUGUGCGUCGCAGUGAAUGCAGCACGUACCAGACCACGCCGUAAGACUGUCACCUGGGCCUCGCGAGAAGACGUCCUCGAGUUCGACGACGAUGAUAAUGCGUCAGCCGGAGUCCGCACAGCGAGCUGGACAAGUCAGACGUCAUCGGAAGGCGACUCCGCCGAGCGCGAGACUCUCGGCAACCCUACAGACAUCUCUAGCGAUGGGCAAAUUUCACCAGACGUCCGUGACGCUGCAGCGGAAUCGAUGCAGGACAUUUCGAGCUGUUAUUCGCCUAAAAAGUCAAUACUGCAAGAUUCUCUAUCAAGCUCAGCUGGUUCUCGUCCGCUACCAGUAGCUCCGAUUGUGACACACGCGACUUACGAAGUGAAUUCAACCUCACUUGACAUCCAGCCGGCGGUGCUAGCGUCUGAGGAAUACUCUUUGCCCGAUCUAGCAAUGUACAGCCCCUUGCUAGGCAGUGACUUUGCUUUUGACGCAGCCGAGGAGCCGUACCAGCCAAGCACUAGUCCCGCCUUGACAAAAGAGCGUGUCCAACAACGUGUACGAGAAAGACGAGCAGCUAUUGGCUCGCCCGAGGAAUCCUCAGAAUGUCUCGUUCGACAGGGCACGCUCGUGCGCGAUGAUGCCGGCAUCGCUACCCGGCCUGCGAUGCGCGCUCGCGAAGCGACCGUUUCAGAUGAUUUGAUUCGUCAAUUACCUGGAGAGGCUCCUCUAGGAAGUCCCCUCAGUCAGCAUCUCUCUGGCGCUCAAAGCGCGCUUGAUCGUCUUGCCGCUACUCAUGCUUUUGUAAGCUCCAGCCGCGGCGCGUCAAUUCAAAGCAGCGAUCAAGUGUACUUCAGUGGCGAUCCCUCAAGAGCUUGCACGUCAACACCAGCCGCCACCUUUGUAACCAACAUAGAAAAGGGGAAUGGCCGCGUACUCGACUUGUCGACGCGUUCGACAGCGAACGAUUUCCAUGAGGGUACCACCGAUGCGCUUGACAGCGUAUGCAAUUCGGCCGAUAAGUCCUAUCGCAUCAAAGAGAUCAAACGAGGCUGGUACGGCGUGGAGGCGGCUAGCCCUAGUCCGAGCACUUCCCAAGAUCUGUCGCCUGGCAGCCCUGCGCCUUGGCGCCGCGUGCGCACACCGCAAGACUUAGUCGGUGCCCAAUCAAAAAACAUGGCUGCAUGAGCUUACGUGUGCGCAGUACCAAUAUCCAGAGGAUCUACGCGCAUAUGCUAGAGUAAAGCCAGAAAGACAUGGCCGCGUGCUCAUGAAGCGUCAGUUUGU